AUGACAUGCUGCAGAGCCUCGUUGACUCCCUUGGCCCAGUAUGCCAAAACGGUGCGGGAUCAGCUUGCCACAGAUGAGCAACCGCCCAUGCACUUCCCGAUGUACACGGUACCUCUCGGCACGUUGCUGGAGAUGACCAAGAUUGAGCCCCACGAAGUUCUCAAGGCUACCGGUGCGCUGGUAGAGUUCGACCGAAAGAUGGGCAAGGCAGCAUUUAUCUCGCACCAGUGGGUUUCCCCUGGCCACCCAGACCCAGAGGCCAAGCAGAUGCGGGUCUUGCAGAACGCCCUGUCGGACCUGAUGUCGAACUCACGAAGCAUUCCUCCGGAUAUGGUCACUGAGAUCAAUCAUCCAAACUUGAAGCCCUUGCCUGCAGCCAGGCUUCUGUCAGAACCACUAUUCUGCUGGUAUGACUACUUCGCAAUCCCGCAGAGGGAGGAGAAGCCGAAGAGAACGCAGCUGGAUGCCAUCAACAGCAUACCGGCCUAUGUGGACGAGGUCUCCUUCUUCUUUGCGCUCGUGCCGGUCUUGGAGAACCCCCUCAAGACAAAUUUGAUUUCGCCCUUGACUUGGCAGGGGCGCGGGUGGUGCCGACUCGAGAGAACGGUCCGAGAACUCUCCGCCGAUCCCUCCUGGAUCAUGGUGAAAAGCACCGGAGACUUGUGUCUGGUAACGGAUGCGUUGGCAUCCUCUCGCGCAGGCUCCGGGCCCGUGGGCGAGGGUGAAUUCACGGUGCAGGCGGAUUGCUUGACACUUGGCCCAGUUCUGCUGAUGGUGCUGAAGCGCAAGUUGCUGAGGCUCCUGGCAGUCAGAGAUUUUUCAGGGUAUCGCGCUUUGCUGAAUCAGCAAACUGAGAUGCUCAAGGGACUCGGGUGCGAGCCCAUCCAGCUACUCCCAGACUUUGAUGGGUUUGAGCAAGACCUGAGUGACCAAUGGGACUCAUCACGACCAUCGUUUCUUGUGAUGAAGUUCUUUCACCAGAACGGCUUCUCUCGCAUCUCGGAGAGUGAUAGCUCUGGAUGGUUGCCGAUUCACUACGCUGCCUUGAAUGGGGAUCCCUCACUGGUUCGGGACUUGCUCGAGCUGCGAGCAGACCCCAAGCAAUGCACAAGGAAAGCCCAUGCAGACCUUGGAUUUGAGGCUGGCACGCCACCGGUUUCCAUUGCCUGCCUCUUCAAGAACAAUGAGGUGGUGCGGCUGUUACUCCAAGCCAGGGCCAGCUUCUUCAGCGACAACCCGUUUCAUAAGCCUCUGAACAGUGCCGCGGCGGUGAACAACGCCGAGGCUGUGGGGCUUCUCUGCAAUGCUGGGUGCAGCGCCGUUCAGCGGAAUGCCUUGGGCCACAGCGUCAUCGAAACAGCCGCCAGCUUCGGCACAGGCCUUGAGGCUAUGGAGGCGCUGAUUCGACAUGCCCGGGCUGCAGAGGAGACCUUCGAUCCAACUCCAGCUCUUCACCUCGCGGCCGUUGCCUGGGGAAGCAGCGAAGUGGUCACCCGCUUGGUGGCCAUGAGGGGCGACGUCAAUGCUCAGACUGCGGACGAACCUGCCAAGCGGACAUGGAUAAUGCGAGCCCUGUAUACGCUGAAGGUGUGGCAGCACAAGUUUCACAAGGUCACGCCUCUCAGCAAGUUUCUCUACCAUGCCAAAGGCGGAACCCCAUUGACAAUGGCCUUGGUGACAGGAAACUAUGAGUUUGCUGCAGCCCUGAUCGCUGCCGGAGCACGCCUCGAUCUGCGAAACUCUCGGGGCUUCAGUGCAGCAGACCUCAUCCCCAAGCAGUCCGCGCCCGAGUUCCUGGCGGAAGCCUUGGAAGGAAGGCUCCUUGCUUGCCAGCGAGUGUCAUUGCUGGCACGCGACUGGGUGCAGGUUCCCGUGUGA